UCACGCAAGUCACGGGGUCUGGCAACAGUGACUCGCGGCCGCCUUGACAGCUGAGGUACCGCCGCUUGACCUGCACGUGUUGGCCCUGACCCUGACCCGCCCUGACCCGCCGUGACCUCACCAUGCCGGACCUGAGCCCCGCGGACCCCAACUCCUACGCCAGGCCAGACCAUGCAGCAGUGCAGGAACUCCACCUGGACUGGCAGGUGGACUUCACCCGCAAGGUGGUGAUUGGCUCCGUCCUGCUGACCGUCAAGUGUGUGGAGGACGCACAGGAACUGAUCCUGGACACAAGGGAUCUGGUCAUCAAGGGUGUGAAGGAUGUGGCCACAGGGGAGGCAGUCACAUACACCCUGGGGGAGGCGCACCCUAACUUUGGGGCGCCCCUCACCAUCACCCUGCCGCCCACACCCAGGGAGAACAUAUGGAAGGUGGAGGUGGAGUACGAGACGUCCCCCUCCUGCUCGGCCCUCCAGUGGCUUUCCCCAGAACAGACGGCGGGCAAGAGGCACCCGUAUGUGUUCUCCCAGUGCCAGGCCAUCCACUGCCGCUCCCUCCUUCCGUGCCAGGACACCCCGGCAGUGAAGGUGAAGUACAGUGCCAAGGUGAGGGCGCCGCGGAGCCUGACGGUGCUGAUGAGUGCCUUGCGGGAGGGCCAGAAGGAGAAGGAGGACUGCAGCACCCACACCACCUUCAAGUUCCGGCAGCCUGUCCCCAUCCCCUCCUACCUGAUUGCCUUGGCCGUGGGUGACCUGGAGAGCCGCAAGGUCGGGCCACGUUCACUGGUCUGGUCUGAGAAGGAGUUUGUUGACCAGUCUGCCUAUGAGUUUGCUGAGACCGAGGCGAUGCUCAAGGCCGCAGAGGAUGUGUGCGGACCGUAUGUCUGGGGCCAAUACGACUUGCUCAUCCUGCCCCCGAGCUUCCCCUAUGGCGGAAUGGAGAACCCCUGCCUCACCUUCGUCACCCCGACCCUCCUGGCAGGCGACCGUUCCUUGGCGGAUGUUGUCAUACACGAGAUCAGCCACUCCUGGACGGGCAACCUGGUCACCAAUAGCCAAUGGGAACACUUCUGGCUCAACGAGGGCUUCACCAUGUUUGUGCAGCGCAAGAUCGAGGGUCGGCUCAAGGGGGGGGAACCUGCGCGGCAUUUCUCGGCACUGGGCGGCUGGAAGGACCUGGCGGACACGAUCCACACGAGGGGCGCCAAUGACCCCCUGACCCGCCUGGUGCCUGACCUCCACGGCGUUGACCCUGAUGACGCCUUCUCCACAGUGCCAUAUGAGAAGGGCCACACACUGCUCUGGCACCUGGAGGAGCUACUGGGAGGCCCGGCCAAGUUCGAACCGUUCCUCAAGUCCUACCUGGAGAAAUUCAAGUUCCGCUCCCUUGUGUCGGGCCAGUUUGUGGACUACCUCAAGGAGUACUUCAAGGACCAGGAGGAGGUGCUGGCCAAGGUGGACUGGCAGGCUUGGUGGACCACUCCGGGCAUGCCGAUCGUCAAACCCAAGUUUGACGAGUCCCUGGCCGUGCCGUGCGCUGAGCUGGCCCGUCGCUGGGUGGAGUGGGACCCCGUCAGCACUCCCUGCCCCUUCAAUAAGUCUGACCUGGAUGCCCUCAGCCCCUCACAGGUGCGUGUGUGGCUGGCGGAGCUGCUGGAGGAGGAGAAGGCGCCCCUGUCCCCGGAGAAGGUGUGCAUGAUGGAGGAGGUGUACGGCAUGACCAAGAGGCUCAAUGCAGAGAUACGCUUCCGAUGGCUACGACUUGGACUCAAGGCGAGGUGGGAGGAGUCCGUGGGUCCCGCCCUGGACUUUGUGACAGAGCAGGGUCGCAUGAAGUUCGUCAGACCCAUAUACAGGGACCUGUAUGAGUGGGAGGCCAUGCGGGAGAGGGCCAUCACCGUCUUCCAGCGCAACAGGCCGGCCAUGAUGCACGUGGCCGCGUAUGUGGUGGCCAAGGACCUGCACCUCCGGGACGAUUCAUGAGGAAGAGGAGGAAGGAGGAGGAGGAGGAGGAAGAGAAGGAGGAGGGCAGUGAAUAGGAGUGGGUGUGGGUGUUUGUGUGUGUGAGUGUGUGUGUGUGUGUGAGUUUGUGUGAGUGUGUGUGUGUGUGUGUGACUGAGUGUGUGUGUGUGUGUGUGAUGUCAGCCAGGCCUUGUUCAUGCCAGUGCUGUGCUGUCUAUGGAGUUCUUGUUUUAGUUUGUCUGUUCUCAGGUCAAGUCUUUCUGAAGUCUAGUGUUUCUUUGUUCGUUACCCUUUUCCUUUUGCUUUCCUUUCCUUUGGUUCUGUUUCUUUUCCCUUCAUUUCCUUUUGCUUCCUCCUUUCUGUAUUAUUGUUGUCCUUUCCUUUCUUUUCCUUGCUUUCCUUUCCUUUUGCCUCCUUUUUUCUUUUCUUUGUCUCCUUUUUGCUACAUGUACUCAUCCACUCCUUAUCUACUUAAGCAACAGGUGAACUCCAUUUUCUAUGUCACCAGUAUUGCCAACCCACUCCACACUCCACACUCACACAAAAGCUUCUCUCUUCUUCUGGUCAAGGUUGAAUGAGCUUUGGUAUCAAUGUAUCCAAGUUUCUUAAUCAUCCGUAAUAACUGCUCAAUUUAAUCCUCUGUAAAAUAUAAUGAUAAUAAGCCACCUGUUAUCAAUUCUACAAAUUUAAAGACAUAGAUACAUACACACAUUCAUAAUACAUGCAUACAUAUACAUACAUCAUACAUACAUGCAAGCAGAUGGACAGUAUAGUGCCAUGGGGUUGCAUUAUUGCUGGAAUUAUGUAUAUUUUUAAUUAUUACGCUUCUGUGGGUCUUUGUAUCAGCUGUCAGGGAGUUAGUAUUGCUUCAGAGAGAGAGAAAGAGGGAGAGAGAGAGAGAGUUUUGAUGUCCUUUGUAUGUUUCAAGGCUAAGACAGAGCUGAUGUACAAGCCUUUGGGAAUAUCUUACAUUAAUACAUUGUUUAAUCGUCA